AUGGGGAGGAAGCCAUGCUGUGACAAAGUGGGGAUAAAGAAAGGCCCAUGGACAGCAGAAGAAGACAAGAAGCUCAUGAACUUCAUCUUCACCAAUGGCCAUUGCUCUUGGAGAUCUCUUCCCAAGCUUGCAGGAUUGCUGAGAUGUGGGAAGAGUUGCAGACUGAGAUGGAUAAACUAUUUAAGGCCUGAUGUAAAGAGAGGAGUCCUCUCAGACUCUGAAGAGAAGUUGGUUAUUGAUCUUCAUGCUCAACUUGGCAACAGGUGGUCUAAGAUUGCAUCACAUCUUCCUGGAAGGACUGAUAAUGAGAUAAAGAAUCAUUGGAACACUCAUAUCAAGAAGAAGCUUGAGAAGAUGGGGAUUGAUCCUCAAACUCAUAAGCCUAUAAUUAGUGAUUCUGCUAUUGAGAAGAUUAAUGAAGAUCAUGAUGACAACUUGAAAGCUUCUAUUAAUGCUUCUUCUUCUUUUUCUUCUUCUUCUUGUUCUUCAGGGAUAAUUGAUGAAAUUAAUCUAAGUUGCAUGGAUUAUUUCUGGGAAGAAUUGGAUGACUUCAUUGGAUUAGAUUUCAGUACUUUUAGUGUUGAUGAUGAACAUGAAGAUUAUGAGAGAUUAAGCUUGGCUCAUGAGAGCAAUGUUAUUGAUCAUCAACUUUGGAAUAUCGUUUAGCUUAAUUUUCAAGUUUUAUUUUUUACUUUUAUUUUAUUUUAUUAUGAGAGAAAGAAGAUAAGUUUUUACCGUGGUGUUGUGCCUUUAGUUUUAUGUAAAUUUAGUGAAUAUUGAAGAGAAUAACAAGGGAUGUAUGUAAAUUUAUCUUUUUAAUUUCUAGUAAU